UUGAUUUAGAAGAUGGCACAAGCACAGUUCCCGAUUUGAACUUUACAGAUCCUUCGUCUAUUGUGUCACAGGGUUUGGCGGGCUUAGGGCUAACAAACGAUUCGCCUCCUCAGCCAGAGGCCAAUACCUCUUCAAUAUCGAAAGCAGUAAUCGAAGAAGCGAUUCCACUUGAAGAUCAAAUGGGUGCUCAAAAUGCACGACCCGGAAUGAAUGUCAUUGACAGCAACUUGAUCAAAGAGAUGACUUCGCCGAUUCCACAAGGGGGCUAUGUGUACAUUUUCAAGUCACCCGCUAGAAAGCUAGUGAAAAUUGGGAAAGCCACAGAUGUCAACCUCCGCCAAAAACAGAUUCAAACUGGAUGCCAACUCGCAUAUUUUGAUCAAGUUGAAGUUGGUUCCGUGCAUGUCAAGCACCCCGACAGAGUGGCCAAGCUUGUCCAUUUAGAGCUGGAGAAUUUCCGAGCCAGAAUGAUCUGCCAGUAUCAUGAACAUGAAGCUACCCGCGAGGCAGUUGAGCAGGAGCAUAAAGAAUGGUUUGAUGUAUCUGAAAUCGUAGCGCUCGAAUCAGUCCUACUCUGGAGCGAUUUCGUUGACCAGGCCUAUACCUCUGAAGGUGCUCUCACAGAGAACUGGGCAAGAAUGCUGACUUUACUGCCGAACCCAACCUCCGCGGAAAUUGAUUCUUUGGAAAAGGGCUUAAAGAGUCUCGAAGCUGGCGACGCGAUUGAAGUUAAGAUACAUCAUGAGCUUCGCGCUCUUCGGUAUAGGUCAUGGAUCAAGGGUCAGAUAUGGACCAGUUCUCGACAGGCACAAUCAGGAACCAAGGGCCCGUGAACUAGAGGAGUAAUGGAAUGUAAGGUGCCUCAGAGAUCUCUUACGAGUACCAAGUAUUCCGUA